UGACGGUGACCUGGUUAAUACUUAUGGUCAGUUUGGUUGCGACUUUUCCCACCAGGCACAAGAAUGUCGCCCAUAAGCUCCAUAACGGCGUGUCUUUAGGGGCCCAUGGCCAGCCACCUCAGAAUGGCAGGGUCCAGUAUGUCCCUGAGGCUCUGGAGCAGCAGAACCAGGUCCAGAGUCUGCUGCCCGAACCUCACAGCCACCAGAGGAGGUGGUCCCACUCCCAGCACCGCUCUGUAGGGGUUCUCCCACAGCCUGAGCCUGAAGAGGAGACUAAACCCUUCAUCCUGGACCUCAAAAAUUUCCCAGAUCUGGCCACUGCCGACAUCAACUCACAGAAUCCCAACAUCCAGGUAACCAUUGAGGUGGUGGAUGACCCUCAGAUGGAGGUGGAAAUGGACCUGGCCAAGGAAAAAGACUGGCUCCCCUCCUCCUCCUCCUCCUCCUCUCCUUCCUCAACGGUAGAUUGGCUGGGAGGGAAGAAGCUCUUCUGGCCCCUGUUCUGGGGCUACACGGACGCUGAUUCCAGCGAGGACAGUACCAGUCGUUCAGGGAUGGGAGAAACAGGGGAGGAGGAGGAGGAGGAGGAAGAUUAUUCCCUGGAUUAUGGCAGUGAGGAACCCCUCCCUAGCGGUGUGGGUGGGGAGUGGGACAGUCGUUGGAACGAGGGCUGGGACCCAAUGCAGAGCUACUAUGAGAAGGAGUCAGAUGACUGGACUGCCUGGUCCCCCUGCUCAGUAACCUGUGGACAUGGUGAGAGGAAAAGGACCAAAUCCUGUGGUUACUCCUGCACUCUGACAGAGGCCUCCAGGUGUGACCUGGAACCUUGUCCAGAUGAUGUCAAUACUGUUGUGGAGCCUUUCCCCUUUGAGAUGGAGAAUGGCACCGAAGCAUUUGGUACAGAUGUGGACAGCUGUGAGAAGUGGUUGAACUGUAAGAGCGAGUUCCUUCAGCGAUACCUCCAGCAGGUCUUGUCCGAGCUCCCCAGCUGCCCCUGCUCCUACCCCUCCGAGUCAGCGUACACGGUGGUCAGCAUUUUCGAUGACAGCCAGGGGAGGCCCUACCGCUGGCGUGAUGCCAGCAGCCCCAAGGAACGCCUGGACAUCUAUAAGCCGUCGGCACGUACUUGCAUCCGCUCGACGCUCUCCAGCGACUCAUCCACGCUGGCGGCGCAGCACUGCUGCUAUGGUGAUCGCGGGCGGCUGAUCACGCGGGGGAAGGGCGCGGGCACGCCUAACCUCAUCAGCACAGAGUUCUCGCCUGAGCUGCACUUCAAAGUGGACGUGCUUCCUUGGAUCCUGUGCAAGGGAGACUGGAGUCGCUUCCAUGCGGUGCGGCCACCCAACAACGGGCUGAGGUGCCCGGAGAACCCCCACGAAGACGUGUUCAUGAAUGAGCUGGAAGAGGCGAGGGAGUACUGA